AAGGACCCCACAGCCCCCACAGACCCCGCGGCCCCCACAGACCCUGCAGCCCCCACGGACCCCAUGGCCAGGAGGAGGAAGAGUCAGAAGAAAAGGAAGGAGAAGCUCGCGGUGGUGGAGGAAGCCAAGGAAGGGGGGAACGGUGCCAAGGGGCAAGCGGCCAAGAUCAAGGGGCAAGCGGCCGAGAUCGAGGGGCUGACACAAGCCGGGCAGCAGGCACUGGGGCUGCAAGACGUGCGGGGGGCCCUGGCGUGCUUCAGGAAGGCGUUCCUGCUCUCACUGGGCACCACGAGCCCCCGGCUCCGCAGGGUUUGCUCCUUCAACCUGGGGGCUGCCUACGUGGAGGCUGGCAAGCCCAGAAAGGGCCUAAAAUUCCUCCUCGAGUCCCAGCCGGCGGAGGGUGAACCCUUUGGGGGGCUUUAUUUCAACAUCGGGGCGGCCGGCGAGGGGCUCAGGGACUUCCCAAAGGCUCUGGAGUGUUUUGGCCAAGCGGCUGGGCCGUGCCGUGCCGGCAGCCAGGCCGUGGAGAUGGGCUGCUGCUACCUGGGGAUGCAGGAGCCGGCACGAGCCGCCCGGUGCUUCUUGGAGGCUGCGCACAGCUACGCGGUGGCCGAGAGCCCCGAGGCCGCCGCGGUGGCUCUGAGCAGGGCAAGUGGCUCCAUGCUGCAGAGCCGGAGGUUUGGGGUGGCAGAAAUCGCCCGGAUCCUCACCUGGUGCCGCUCGCUCUGCGACAGCAUCGCCGACCCGACCCUGCGAGGGAAGCUCUACAACGAGGUCGGCCUCGGCUUCUCCCAGCUCCACGUCUUCUCCCUGGCCAGCGAGAGCUUCGAGCGAGCCCUCGCUCUGUGCCAGGGCUCGCUGGGGCGGCGAGGGGAGGCUGCACUGCUGCAGAACCUGGGCGCUGCCCGCAACGCCCUGCGCAGCUUCGGCACGGCCCUGGGCUUGCACCGGCGAGCGGCGGAGCUGCACGGCGCCGUGGGGAACCGGAGAGCCCAAGGGCAGUGCUUCGGAAACCUGGCGUACGCCUUCAGCCAGCUCGGGAACCACGAGGCUGCCGCAGAGAAUUACCUCCAUGCCCUGCAAGCCUUCAGAGAUUCGGGGGAUGUGCAAGGGCAGUGGCAAGCAUGCGAGGGGCUGGGAGCCGCUUGCUUCCACCUGGGGAACCCCCAAAAAGCCAUCGGGCACUACCAGGAGGCCCUGACUCUGCUGUCCCGCUGCCGGGUAAGGGAAACCUCAGGGCCAGACCCUCCUGUACGUGGUGAGCACCAGCCCCAUCACAGGGACAGACUCACCUGGGGGGGGAUUUCUCUUCUGCAGGGCACCCCCAGGGCCGCCGGCGAGCGGAUCGUCAGCCAGCUCAGCCAUGCCCUCCAGCACCAGCUCUGCCUCCACCGCCACCCCUCAUAUUGGGGUGCCCCGGAGCCGGUGAGCAGCACCCCGGGGCCGUUUGGGGUGCUGGGAGCCAGAUGGGGCCCGAAAUAGGGCCGGGGAUGGUGCUCAGGGGUGGAGAUGCCAGCAAAGCC